CGACGUUUGUUUAUUUGAUAGUCUUUUGUCUCCGUCAGGACAACAAACAGGUAAUCGAUAAAGCAGCAUUUGGAUUGGUCCUUCGAACCGCGGUUGAAAAUGUACAAAAGAAAAUGGUACAACAAGCAGUAUUGUGGCGAUAUCGAGAACGAUCCGUUCGAAUUUACCUACCGAGGAAGCGUGUUUGAUCCGUUUGCCGACACGGCGGGUCCUCUACCCACGGCAAACGAACAAGGAGCAUGGAACGAGGACUCGCUUUCGCUGGAAUUGAUUGAGAAUAUCCCGCUACCCGCCCAUCGGUUGUCGGGCAAGGUAAGGCAGCAAUAUUUGCAGUACCUGGAGCAAGUGAUACAAAAGAAUUACCGCACGUGGAAAGCAACGAGUUGUUACCGCGACAGUCCUUUCAGUGAUCAUGAGUUGCGGCGGUGUGCUGAGACAAUCGAAAUAAGAGCUGUGCAGGCUUGCAUGAUCACCUCGCUCUACCGAGACUUUCUGCUAGAAAAGAUUCGAGAAAUACGCAAGCAAACGGCGGCCGGUGUGCUGCAUUCUAACAUUCUGGACGUAAAGCUGAAUUUUGCAUCGCUGAAAUCCGACCGGUGUCACGUUGCUAUGCAAACCGAUGACUGGGAUGGCGUAUCAGACAACGACUAUCUGCAUAUCUUGCAAACCUCCAUACCGGCCAUGAGCUUGGAGGAUAAAAUGCAAAAGUUCCAUGAAGCAAGAGAAAACCAUGAGAUAGAACAGGCUUGCCUAACACCACUCGUUAACGAUUCGGAUGUGCUACAGCCAUCGACACCGGCAGUAGCACCGGCAGCGGCAUUCGACGAACAGAAGCCGGCCAACGAAGAGCUGGAUGACGAAAUUCUGAAAGAACUGGAAGCAAUGUUCGAACCGGAGGACGACGCGACGGACAUUUUCGAGUGGAAUCAAGAGCAGCAGCAAGUGAAAGCAAUCAUUAGUGAGAUAGAGCAGGCCACGUUGUUCAACGGUGAACGGUCUUUCGUCGCGGGGCCAGCCGAACAAGCGGAACCAGCAUCGAUGCCCAGUCCACGAAUCGAUGUCAAGCUCAAGGAGCUGGUAGCGAAGGAUCCACCACCGACGACCAUGCCGUCAUCGACGGUGGCCAAUAGUGAGGAUUUAAGACGCAGCAUGUGGCCCUGUGAGUUGCACAUGCAGCGCAUGAAGCUAAGGAAUCUGCUGGUGCGAAUAGCGGAUGAAGAUUACCGACGCUACGAGGCACUACAGUCCCGCUUCGUGACUCUGUUUGGUGAGGAUGGUGGAGAGGAGCAUGAUCUUGGCCCGUACAGUCCGUCGAUCGAGCUGAACGAAGUGCUGAUGGCAAGUUGUAGACAGCGAAUCGCCCGCUGGGUGGUACAGGCGUUGAUGGGACCCCUGAGGGACGGUCUUAUCGCGAAUCGAUACCUCUUUAAAAAGCUUGCCAAACGAUUGGCAGAAAAUAUCGUCUAUUUAGACCAAUAUCCCGAUAAAAAGUUCAUUCGGCAAUAUGUUGGCGACUACUUCUGUUCUCAUUCAUGCAUCAGAUCGAUCGAUGAUAUUACUUGAAGUAAUAGUUAACCGCUCAUCAUGUAGCAUGGAAUCAAU